GUGGAGCUACAGGAACACUGAAAUGAUGUUGGUCCACGAUGAUGUAUAUUUUUGAGUAAAGAAAUAUUGUAAUAUAUUUUAUCAAAAAUGGGAACUUUAAAACGUAAUAUUAAAAGCUGUAUUUAUUCAAAAUAAGAAUCUGCACAUUAAAAGAUGUCGGAAAGAAUUGUGGGUGAAUAGAUAUUACAUCAAGCAAAAGCACCUUUGACAGUGAUCGUAAGGAAGUCAUGUGUCUGUGUAUUUAUAGUGAGGUGGGUUUGCGUCUAGGCUGAUAGUUUACAUCGUCAUCAGUUUAGUUUAGAUUGGCAUCAGAUGAUCAAGAUGAAAUCUUCCUCUCUUCUUAUCUAUGGUCUCAUAUUGUCCAUACUUUGUUCCAGAGUGGCAGGUUUGGAUGAGAAGAUAUCAGUGAUUCAGAGUCCAGACAACAUUACUGUGAAUGAGGGAGAAUCUGCUGAAAUCACCUGCUGCUGGACUCAAAAUAAAAUAUCUAUCGUUAAAGUUGUUUGGUUAAAAAAUGACACAAAAGUUACAGCAGAAAACCUUCUGAAUCAAACGUCUCCAUCACAGAAUUGUUCUACUCUACACAUUGCAAACAUUACUUCUAAAGAUGCAGGAGAAUAUGUGUGUAAAGUGAACAAAGACAUACCAGUACUGACUGAAGACAGGGGAAAUAAAACCAUCUUGCGUGUCAAUAAAGAACAACAAUGGACUAAGGCAACAACAACUAAAGUGGCAGGUUUGGAUGAGAAGAUAUCUGUGAUUCAGAGUCCAGACAACAUUACUGUGAAUGUAGGAGAAUCUACUGAAAUCACCUGCUGCUGGACUCAAAUUACAAAGGAAAUAUCUAAUGUUAAAGUUGUUUGGUUAAAAAAUGACACAAAAGUUUCAGCAGAGAUCCAGAUAUACCAAAAAUCUCCAUCACAGAAUUGUUCUACUCUACACAUCGCACACAUAAAACCUAAUGAUACAGGAGAAUAUGUGUGUAAAGUGACCAAAGACAUACCAGUACUGACUGAAGGCAGUGGAAAUAAAACCAUCUUACGUGUCAAUAAAGAACAACAUUGGAAUAAGGCAACAACAACUACAGGUAAAGCUGGAUUGGCUGAAUCAAAUUCUAAAUCAAAUUCCACCACGUCAGCAGGCACGGAGACAUCUUCACAUUUGAUCCUGUAUUUGUCUCUGGCUGCUGUUUUUGGCCUGCUGACCAUCUGCUUGGUUUUUACUCUGUGUAGAAUGAGAAACUACUGUAAAAAUACAGAGCGAGUGGUGAUUCGCCAGACGCCACACAAUGAAGGGGAGGAGCAUGAAAACCACGAGGAGGAGGAGCUUAGCUCAGGUUCAUCGAGAGGGUCCGUCCAAUGGUAUCAAGUUCCUGUUUACUGGUCUUACUUCGAUGUACAGAGCGCUCAAGACCAAUGACAACCAUAAAAGUGCUUUAAAUCAUUGACUUGUAUAUUAUCUUUCUUUCUCCCUCCGGCAGUCAUGAGAGAUUCUUUGUAAAUAGUUUAAACUACAGAGCAAAAAUACCGUGUAAAUGUUUGAACUCAUAGAUUUGAAUCUCAUUGCAUGUACAACUCAUAUGUUUUAUUAGUUCUUUUAAAUUAUCAGUCAAACAUUUAUGUUGACUGAAAAAGACAUUUCAAGGUGAAGUUACAGACACAAAUCAGCAAUGCAACUGCGUGCAACACACACACAGAUUAUUUUCUCUAUCAGUUUUAAAAAAAUUUUUUUUGCACAUAUAAAGCUAUGAGUUAUUUUUUUAUAUUUCUAAAACGUAUGUGAUUAACUCAUCUAUUUUGUGGUUGAUUUUGACAUUUACAAUAAAAGUCUGUUAAAGCAUGAGGUUGUUGUCGCCGAGAUAAAGACGUAGAGACGCUGCAGGUGGAAACUCUGGGGGUCUUUAGGUCAGUGACAGGAAAUGGAAAUUGCAGCGCGGCUGGUUUCUCUCAACACGUUGCACUUCUUUGCAACACAAUGUACAAACAGAGCAAUGCAUUAAAGUACAGCACAAAAAAGUAGAUCUGAAUCUUACAGAAUAAAUGUGUAUAUUGUUCACAAAUGUUUUGUGAGCAAAUACAAACAGACUAAAAAAAUAAAGCCCCCCACAGAUGCAGGAUGUCAUUUCUCACUUUUAAAAUGUUGUGCUGUACGUAUAUGAUCUGUAUUAUGAAGUUGUUGUGUUUUACAUCAGAGUAUAUGUGAAUGACCCUGCAGACCACCUUUUAAUAUCAUUCAGGUGUGAACUUCUUUCAAAGUGACAAAAAAGUGUCAGACUGAAAUUUAUUGUAUAUUCACUAAAUAAAAACACUCUGUAAGUCAAUAAGUUUA